GUAUACAUUCGAUGUCUGUUUAAGUACGACUCGGCCAAGGAUACACUUCUGCCGAACAUUGCUCUAGGAGUCUCGUUUAAGAGUGGAGAUGUCCUGGAGUUGGUAGAUGCUCAAGAUCUGAACUGGUGGCAAGUAAGACGCCUUGAUGCUCCAAAUUCACCCGUAGGACUCGUUCCAUCUCAAACUCUUGAGGAAAGACGACAGGCAUUCAAUCAGCAAACUUUUCGAAUGAACACGAGCAAGAGGACUAAAAAAGUGAAGUCCUUAUUCCGUGCCGCCGAUUCAUCAAAUCUUCUGGUUCGAUCGGAUUUGUGGGUCUAUGAGGAGGUGGUUCCUUGGCCUCCCUCAACUGUACAUACUCUACUUCUUAUCGGCCCAAACGGAGUCGGACGAAGAACACUAAAAUUUCUUCUUUGUACUCAGUACCCAAACAGAUUUGCUUUUCCAAUAUCAGGUGAGCCACUUAUUCGAUUUUUGUUCUAA